AUGGCAACCAAAUGGCAAACCACCCGUCUCCGUCACGGAGUACGAGCCAUAGUAGGCGGCCAAGGAACCCCCAUAGUCCUCCUCCCCGGCUGGCCCCAAACAGCAGAAGCAUUCAGCAACCUCUUCGAACCCCUCUCAAAUCGCUAUCAAUUCUUUGCCCUCGACCCGCCCGGUCUAGGCGAUUCCCCCGCUCCAAAAAAUGGCUACGACACCGCCAACGUGAGCAAGAUAAUGGCCGAAGCAAUCCACGACACUCUCCCCAACGAAAAAUACCACCUAGUCGGCCACGAUGUAGGCGGCUGGAUAGCAUACCCCUGGGCAGCUCAAUUUCAAUCUCGGACCAGAUCACUCAGUAUUCUCGAUGCUUCUGUUCCGGGCUUUCUACCACAUUUCCAAUUUCCGCUGUCUAAUUCUACGAAUCUUCGGCUUUGGCAAUUCUCUUUCAAUGCGUUGCCUGAGUUACCUGAGAUUCUUGUUGAAGGGCGUGAACGCGAGCUGCUUACUUGGUUCUUUAAGUUGAAGACGGUUAAUAAGGACGGUCUACACAAUGAUCAGUUUGAAGAGUAUAUUAAGACUUAUUCACGACCUGGGGCGAUGAGUCGGGGAUUUGAGUAUUAUCGUGCUUUUGAGGAGAGCGCGAAGCAGAAUCUCGAAUAUGCGAAGACGCCGCUGGAGGUUCCCACUUUGGCUUUAGGCGGAGCUAGCUCUGUUGGUUUGGGUAUGGUGAACUUGGUGCAAAACUUCGCGGCCAAUGUUUCUGGGGGCUCUAUUGAUGAGUGUGGACACUUUCUUCCUGAGGAGCAGCCAUCUGCUGUUGCGAAGAAAUUGUUGGAAUUUUUGGAUGCGAAUUCCAAGUAG